CAAGAACGUGACUAAGCUUUCAGCUAGUUGUUCCCAAAGGAUUACCAUUCAUAUUAUCAUCACAGCACCAUGAGAAGGCAGUCAGACAGCGCCACUACUAGUGGUAGGAAGCCGAGACGUUGGUCGUUGCAGGGUCCCAACUUGAGGGGGGUCAGCUCCAAAUCCUGGAGCAGUAGGUCGGACAGAAGGUUUGGUCUGGAUGGCAGCUUCAAUUCUCGGCGAAGUAGCGGCACGGGGAGCACAAGAAGCAGCAGUGGCAGGAAUCUCUCCUUUUCUUCAGACCACCAUUCGAGAUGGUUUGAUGAUCCAAACUCGGGUUCCCCUAACGCCAGGGAAAUUUUGAGAUCCAGCAAUAAUCUGUCAGUCGAAGCAAAAGAGAAACUGGAGACCUUGACCGACCUUCGAUUUUCGGAAACCAAGUUGUAUGGAAGGGAAGCAGAAAUCGCCGUGCUUCGGGCCGCCUAUAGACGAGCGGCGUCUCCCAGUGUGAAUCAGAAGGAAAAGCAAAGUGCAGGUCCCGCCGCAGCUGGCAAUGGUCCACAAGUUGUCCUGAUUGGUGGCCCCUCUGGAACUGGCAAAACGGCUCUGGCUCGACAGCUAGCUUGCACGGGCAAAUUGUUUCAAGGAAAGUUUGAUUUUAACCACAAUACGCCAUAUGCGGCACUGAUUCAUGCAUACGACAGUCUGUGCAAAUACAUCGUCGACCAAGUCAGUGACGUGGACCAGGAGACUCUAAAGGCGGAGAUUUGGAACGCCUUUGGCAGAAGCAACAGGAAAGGACAACCCGCACAACCCGAGUACAAUGCUGUCGUUGAAAUGAUACCAUCAUUGCAUCAACUGUUGAGUGACAGUAAUGCCAACGAGUACGAUCAAACUGCGACAGCAGUCAACAGCCGCACCCCCGAAUCCUCCUCCGCUCAGUCCAAGAAUCGUCUCGUGUUCAUGUUCCGGGCGCUAACCAAAGUACUGUCAGAGUUUUUCAGACCUCUGGUAUUAGUGAUUGAUGACCUUCAAUGGGCGUCAUCAAACGAGCUGGACUUGCUUUCGUCGUUGGUCACCGACUCUGCCAACUCCAAUCUACUUUUCAUUGGCACCUUUCGUGAUAACGAGGUCGCUCCAAAUUCCACUGUUGCUUCAUGGCUGGACAACCUCAGGUCCAAGAAGAAGAAUGAUGCUGGGCAGCAGCACAGCAUUAACCUGGAGGAGAUAUGCUUGGAUAAUUUGUUGCUGGAGAGUGUCAACGGCGUCAUCAGUGGUGUGCUUCGAACCGAGCCAGAGCACACCCUCACACUGGCAAAUACAGUGACACAUAAGACUGGUGGAAACCCAUUCUACGUCAUCCAGUUUGUGACAACAUUGCGGGAUAUGGGUUUGCUUGACUACAAUCUUGGCACCAUGAAGUGGCAGUGGCGGGAAGAAGAAGUUAACAAGAUGUUUGUAACAGAUAACUUGACGGAGAUAUUGACCCUGAAAAUGAGGCAUUUGGACCCCCACUGCCAGUUUGUGUGUCAACUUGCUGCCUGUCUGGGAGCCAGUUUUGACAAAGCUCUUUUGAUACUUGCAGCGAAAUCCUUGUGGGAGGAAGCAAGCUUCGAUGCUGAUGCUGAUGUUGAAAUAAUGCCUACAAAAGCUCCUGAGAUAGUAGUACAGGGGAGUCUUGAGAAGCUCCUGACAGAGAGAAUCCUUGAUCAAGGUUCGACAAAAACUGAGCUUCAGUUUGCCCAUGAUCAAAUCCAGCAAUCUGCAACAUCUUUGAUUCCUGAUUCAUGCCAUAGCAGAUGGAUUUCAACUAUUGGUACUGCCAUGCUGGAUGAUCCCGACCUCAUGGGAAAAGGUGACCAAAUGCUCUUUCUCGCUGCAGAUUUGUGCAAUUCUGCUGGAGUACCAAACAAUGAUGUGAGCCCUGAGCUGCACCAGAGGCUGAUGAUGCUCAACUGGAAAGCUGGCAACAGGGCUAUGGUCUCCUCAGCUUUCAAUGCUGCAGCCAGAUACUUUGAGUCAGGAAUAAGCCACCUGAAGAAAAGCAGCUGGUCUGAAGACUAUACGGUUCCUCUUGCUCUGCACACUUCAGCAGCAGAGGCCGAAAAUUGCAAUGGAAAUUUUGCGAGAGUGGACUAUUAUACUGCACAGAUCCUAGAACAAGACAUUCCAUUUGAUACCAAACUCAGGCCUCUUGUUUCAUUGAUUACAUCCCUGACUAUCAGGGGAAACUACUCUGAAAGCAUUGCUAUUGGCUUGGAUGCUCUCAAUCAGGCUGGCAUGAAGAUGCCAUCCAAGGCCAGCACUAUUGGUGUUCUAACUGAUUUGAUCAAGACCAGGCUUGCCACGCAGUCCAUGCAUUCAGAAAAACUGGCAAAUCUACCCAUAUCACACGAAGAAACUAGAAUCUAUGUGGAACGAAUCAUUGACAAACUGAGCACAGCUACUUAUGCGAGCCAACCAGAGUACUUCCCCUUCUUGCCACUUCGACAUGUCCAGAUGUGCAUCAAGAAGGGAGUCAGCAUUUCUUCUCCAGUUGCCUUUGCCACUUAUGCAGUUAUUCUGUGUGGAAUGCUUGGGGCCUUGCAGGAAGGCUACAGGCAAGGUACCAUUGCAAUGGCCAUGAUGAAACAUAUUCCGGACAGAUCUUGUGAAUCCAGGAUGACAUUUCUUUUCCAUGGAGUUGUUGCCCACUGGGUAACCCCCACCCACACAAAUAUCAAGCCUUUGCAAGAUGGAUACAACAUUGGAAUGCAGAUUGGAGAUGUGGAGUCAGCCAUGUACAAUUUGUUCCACAUUGCGUCAAGCUCUUGGACAUGCGGAAAGAACCUCGCCUCUGUGGAAGCAGCAGCCAGGCAUGCAUGCAUGCUGAUGGAUGAGUACAGCCAAAAGCUGAACUGGGAAAUAACAACACUGUUGUGGCAGCAAGCCCUGAAUCUCAUGGGCCAGACCGACAAUCCUCUUGUACUUGAUGGGGUAGCCGCAAGAGAAGAAAACCUGCUAAAGAGCGCCAAAGAAAGUGGCAAUGCAAUGCUUUCUAGCUUGGUCUAUAGCCUCAAAAUGCAGCUCACCUACUACAUGGGCACACCAGAAAUGAUGGAAGAUCUCUUCUUCAAGUCGCUGAAUCGAGCAACCGAUUUCAUGUCAUUGGUGUACCAUCCAAGACAAGUUUUCUUUGAGGGCCUGGUGGCUUUUUCGCUGGCAGGGCAUUCCCAAAAAGUGGGAAAGCGAAGGAAAUUUGCAAAACUUGCCCACAAGGCAAAGAAUCAGAUUCAAUCAUGGGCCAAGGCAGGAAAUGUGAAUCUUACCCAUGCAGCGGUAUUGCUGGAUGCAGAAGGGGAUGUCUGUAAGGGGAAACGGGAAAGGGCGAAGAGGAAAUAUGAGAAUGCAAUCUCAUUGGCCAGCAGAAGUGGUUAUCAGCAUGAUUGUGCUCUGGCCCAUGAGAGAGCUGCACUCAAUUUCUUGGAGCUCCGAGAUGAAUACUGGGCAUCGCACCACAUGUCCAAUGCUCAAUCCAAAUACUUGCAGUGGGGUGCAAGUGCAAAGGCUUCUCAUCUCUUUGAAGAAUAUGAUUAUCUCUGUUCCGCCGAGAAGAGGGAGGAGACCACACAUUCACAUUCGUUUGUAAGCCUCUAAAACAACUGUCGAUACUAGCA